AUGGCGACGGAGACUCCGAGAGCGCAGAGCAACGCUGCAUUCGAGAACUUUGAAAAGGCCUCUCCCAAUGUGGUCCCCAAGGUCGAAGAGGUCAAGCCUCAACGCCGGUGGUGCUGCAGCCAGAAGGUCUGGGCUAUCACACUCAUGGCUAUGGGCUCUUUGACCGCCAUACUGGGCAUCCUGUACGGCACCGCGUUGCCCGCGUACGUCAACAAGGCCGUGAAGGACCAGGUUCUGCGCUGCUCCGACUCUGAAGUAGCCGAAGAGGUCUUCCUCGACCCGUACGGUGACUGUGACGACUGCUCGCCCUACUACGUGUCCGUGUAUAUGCUCAAUGCCACCAACGCCGAGGACUACCUAGCCACCAAUGCCAAGCUCAAAGUCCAGGAGAUGGGACCCUACGUCUAUCGUCGUCGUGAGAUCAAGCUGGACGUGACUCUGUCGGACGAUGCCUCCACCGUCACUUACAAGACGUACACGUACCACACGUACGAACCGACCAAGAGCUGUGACGGCUGCUCUGACACGGACGAGAUUGUGAGCUUCGACACCGGGUACUUCAGCGUCAUCGCGGCGACGGGCGGCGAGUUCAACCUGCUCGCUAGUAUCGCAGCUCAGUCCUUCGCUGCGAAUGCAACCUUGAGCGAGAUGCAAGAGAUCAUCGCCCAGUACGGCGAACAGAUGAUGCGCUGGAUGAACGGCCUCAACUCGCUGGAUCCGGCGGCCAUGAAGACGGUGACCAACAACAGUGCCGUGCUAACCGUCCUAACCUCCGGUCCAGCAGCCAUCGCCGACCUGGAUCUGUCUGGAUUCGUCUACAACGGCCUGUUCGUCAAGCGCACGGCGUCGCAAUGGGCGUUGGGUUACCCGAGUCUGUUGGCCGGCCUCAUUCUGGGCGCCAACUACCUCAACACUUGCGUGCCCAGUAUGAACGCCCAGUGUGCGUCCUGCAGUGGAGAUGAGUGUUUGGCCAUCUCUGCGGCCUGUUCGCAGUGCACCAGGGGCGCGGCUCUACUGGCGGUGAAUAACGUCACCUGUGGCAUCAUUGAAUCCAUCUACGCCGCUGAAUACGGCGAGACGGAGGCUGCCACUGUUGUUGGCACCACGUGCAAGUUGUGUGAGAACCUAGGUCUCUGUGCUGCACCGCUGCCCGGUAUUGUCGAGAGCUCUGGCUUAGACUACUCACAAGCGGCACCGGACGCGUCGUCACUCCUAGACUACGUCAAGCGUACAGGCUGCGACGAUCUGACCAAGAUCGGAACGUACGUCGAGUACAACGGCUUCACCGUCGCGCCUGUGUGGGCGGAUCUGGGCGAACGUCGUAACCCGACGCUGGCUGAGCUCAGCGCGUUCUCUAGUUACGCCAACUGCGAGUCUCCCGUUGCCAACGUCACUUGCUUCCCAGUUUCCGGGUCGGACGGCGCGGCGCUCAAGCCUGGAGGUGUCACCAUCAACGGUAUGGCCAAGCACACCACCGCCGACUCGUUCAACUCGUACACGGGCUCUAUCAAGAUCUACACGACAAUCGAGAACACAGACACGGAAGUCGACUUCAACGGCGUCUCGCUGCAUCGCUUCGGCACUCCGAGCGACACCUUCAACUACACGGAGGAGAACGCCAAGCUUGGCACAGGCGUCCCCGUUGACGGUCUGCACCAGCUGAGCUUCGUCACGGGUUUCCUCACGUACAUGUCCGGUCCGUUCUUUAUCUUCAGCAACACGUCACUGCUGGAAGCUGUGGAGAUGACCAACACCAACGGCACAGUGGUGACGGCCGACAACAUGUACGAGUCGGACGGAAGUCUCGUCGAGAGCUUACACAGUGCGUAUGGCACGUUCGUGGACAUUGAGUCAGGCACAGGCCAGACCAUGAGCGCUCGCAAGCGCUCGCAGAUCUCGUACGCUGUGGCUGCCUCGAGUGUCGUACCCAACGCGUCCAUGAGUGACUUGGUGUGGCCGACGCUGCCGACGGAAGUGGUACUGCCCACGUACUGGGUGGAGGAGGCUGGUGAGGCCAAGGACAGCGUUCUGGACACGUUCAAGAGCACGCUCACCCUCGUCAAGACGUUCCUGCCGGGUCUCAUCGUGCUCAUCAUCGUGGGCGUCUUGGAGGUCGGCGGAGGCGUCUUCCUCUGGCGUCGUUACAAGCAGAAGCUCGAGGUGCUGCGCUACGGCAGCGUCAUAUGAGCGACGAACGGACAGCACGGAAGCGAACCGAUGUAUAUCUUCAUGUAAAAAGUCUGAAAAUUAAUUCCUAAUUCACUUGUCAAUAUUCGCCGGCAUUCCUGGUGUGUUGGACACUGCCAAAGAAGUCCAAGCGGCAGCUGAGGCAUGCGCUUCAUUAAACGAAGGGAGCUCUUACGAGCACAAAUAGCUCUGUAGCGCCAGUGUUAGCUGAGGUGGUGCCGUACGUCUACAGCCGAGAUAGUCGCGGGAUAAGAAACAUCCGAUCUCGAGGAGAGCUGUUGGUGGUGCUGGAAACGACGUGAGCAGACAGUCUUCAUAAUUCAAAUUAUCGCGACAUCAAGAGGACAAUAAUUGGACAAUGGACGAGUGUUGCAGCGCCUGCUGGAGCGCGAUCUGCGCUGGAUGCUGCAUCACGUGCUUCGAAGCGACCUGUUACCCAGUCUGCAACGCCUGCUCGAGGUGUUGCUGCGGAGAUCGAGGCUUCUCAUGCUGCACUGGACAAGAUAACGCGUACAGACGGCGGAGCUCCGACUCGUAUGGUCGAGCCGACUCUCCACCUCCUGAGAUCGUUGCGGUGCCGGUCAAGAUGCAGCCGGUUACACCUGGAGUGGCCAACAACUUCGAGCCCGUGCGGCAAGUGUAGAAAACUCGCUAAUGCAAAUACACAAAGAUGACCGAGUUGUUCUUCGUAGGCACUUUAUAACGCCGUAGACUAAGACUAUAUCUACGUCGUGUGUUCAGGAA